UGUAUAUUUACCCAUUUCCUGUUUUCCUUAGCGAGCAUAUCUGUCAAUAAAACGCUGACUAUUCAGAUAUUCUAGGAGGCAGCUUCAUUCCUAGAUGACCUAUGCUGGACCAGAGCCAAGAGGACUGACCCAGUCUCCAGAGGUUGCCCUGACUGACCCAGUCUCCAGAGGUUGUCCUAACUGACCCAGUCUCCAGAGGUUGUCCUGACUGACCCAGUCUCCAGAGGUUGUCCUGACUGACCCAGUCUCCAGAGGUUGUCCUGACUGACCCAGUCUCCAGAGGUUGUCCUAACUGACCCAGUCUCCAGAGGUUGUCCUGACUGACCCAGUCUCCAGAGGUUGCCCUGACUGACCCAGUCUCCAGAGGUUGUCCUAACUGACCCAGUCUCCAGAGGUUGUCCUGACUGACCCAGUCUCCAGAGGUUGUCCUGACUGACCCAGUCUCCAGAGGUUGUCCUGACUGACCCAGUCUCCAGAGGUUGUCCUAACUGACCCAGUCUCCAGAGGUUGUCCUGACUGACCCAGUCUCCAGAGGUUGUCCUGACUGACCCAGUCUCCAGAGGUUGUCCUGACUGACCCAGUCUCCAGAGGUUGUCCUGACUGACCCAGUCUCCAGAGGUUGUCCUGACUGACCCAGUCUCCAGAGGUUGUCCUGACUGACCCAGUCUCCAGAGGUUGUCCUAACUGAACACAGACCACACAAGCGAAGGAGAUGACCCAUCAAGGCCUAUUCCCGUAUCAGCACUGGCACAAGCAAGGCUGUAGUCCAGUCAUACCAUUUUAACUCUCUCCUGUCUCUGGUGUGAGCUGACGCAUGUCGCGGAUCAGGAGCACGCUCAACACUGUUACUAAAGCAGUAAGUGGCAGCGACCUCCUCUCCAAGAUCUCCCGCCUUAAGCCCAGUGCCGCAGCCGCCCAUGCAGAGAAGGUACUGGCCGAAGCGGAGCCUCUGACUCCAUCUCCAACCCCGGCAGCUAGUGACCCUUCAGCUGCUGCAAUAGACAUGAAGCCACCAGAGCAGGAUCAGACAGUAGGACAGGAACAGAACAAUGGAGAAGAAGGGAAGGAGAAUCAGCCACUUCAGGCUUUAGAGAAACCCUUCAUGGCCAACGCCAAGCCCAAACAGAGCCUCGCUGCGUCAGUGGCUAACUCCGCCGCAUCAGUGGCUAUAUCCACCGCUAGCUCCUCGUCAGCCAUUGCCAAGCAGACGUUACAGCUGUUCCAACCAGAGGCCCUGUCCACCAACAUGGACGAGACAUACAGCAGCCUCUCUCAACACGUCAACAACUACUUUGGGAGUUGUAGUAGUCUAUUAACAGGAGAUGACAAGAAGCCUCACCAUCUAAAUGACAAUGCUCAAGCAUCCACGUCCUCCAAGCCUGCUCUCAGUCUACGCUAUCAGAGUACUAAGAGCGGGGACCACAUCCCCGUUUCAGUACCUGUGGCAGCUGAGACCAAGGCUAUCCAGGGCAAGGCAGCUACCCCACAACCGACUCCUCCCCUGGAGGAGGUUAGCCCUGCCACAGACAGUACUUCCUCUGACCCAGUCUCCUAUACCUCCACCCCUACCCCCACCCUAACACCCUCUAAAAAAGGGGGGUUUGGGCAGUAUCUGUCUGACCCUCGUCCCAAUGUUCAGGCAUUCUUUGGCAGCUACAUAGCACCCUUGGUACCUAGUAAGUUCAGAGCUGACCCCAAGAGCGUCACAGCAGCAGUUGAAGAGAAGACCACGGAGGAGGCUGUGAGGAAGCCUGGAGAGAAGAUGGAGACUGAGGAGCAGAAGAAGAAUGCUGAAGAGGGGGCCAAUAAACUACUGCUGAGCCAGAGAGAGAAGAUCAUAGCCCGGGUGAGUAUGGACAACAGGACCAGAGCCUUGGUGCAGGGCAUCCAGAAAGCCACAGACAUGAAUAUCCACACCAGCCGUGUGGAGGAGCUUAGCCUGCAUCUUCUGGAGUACCCUGAGACACGUGGCGUGGCCGUCAAGGAGAGGGUGAUCCCGUGCCUGUUGCGUCUGAGGCAGACCAGAGACCCCCGGCUCCAGGCUGCAGUGAGAGAGGCCCUGGCCCUGGUGGGAUACACAGACCCUGUGAAGGGCCAGGGUAUACGGAUCCUGGCCAUCGAUGGAGGGGGGACCAGGGGACUGGUAGCCCUGCAGACCCUACACAAACUGCAGACACUGACGGGCAAACCCAUCUACCAGCUGUUUGACUACAUCUGUGGGGUCAGCACAGGUGCCAUCCUGGCCUUCAUGUUGGGGGUGUUCCAGAUUCCUCUGGAUGAUUGUGAGGAACUCUACAGGAAGCUGGGUUCUGAUGUGUUCAAACAGAACGUCAUCGUGGGAACCGUCAAGAUGGGCUGGAGCCACGCCUUCUACGACAGCCAGAUCUGGGAGAACAUCCUCAAGGAGAGAAUGGGAGAAGGCCUCAUGGUCGAGACAGCCCGGGAUCCAAAAUGCCCAAAGGUGUCAGCAGUGAGCACCAUAGUGAACAGGGGUCUGCCUCUGAAGGCCUAUGUGUUCAGGAACUACAGCAUGCUACCAGGGGUCCGGUCCCACUACAUAGGAGACUGUAAACACAAGAUGUGGCAGGCCAUCAGAGCCUCCUCAGCCGCCCCAGGGUACUUCCAGGAGUAUACACUGGGAAAAGACCUGCACCAGGAUGGUGGUCUCCUCAUCAACAACCCCACAGCCUUGGCCAUCCAUGAGUGUAAGCUGCUGUGGCCCAACACCCCAGUGCAGUGUGUUGUCUCCCUGGGUACGGGUCGCUAUGAGACCGGCAACAAAAACAACACCACCUCCACCAGUCUCAAAGCCAAGAUCACCAACGUCAUCAGCAGUGCCACCGACACAGAGGAGGUCCACAUCAUGCUGGACGCCCUCCUUCCACCCAACACCUACUUCCGUUUCAACCCCUACAUGAGCGAGGACAUCCCAUUGGACGAGAGCCGCCCGGAGAGGCUGACCUUCCUGCAGGAGGAAGGAACUCGCUACCUGGAGAGGAACGAAGCCAAGCUGAACAAGGCAGCGUCUGUGCUGGCUCUGGAGAAGAGCGCCAUCCAGAGGCUGGCUGAAUGGUGCAAACUGAAGGCCGACAUGUACGAGGGCUUGCCCUUCAUCUCCAAACUGUAGGGGACGUCUAGAGGUGAAAGGUCAGACAGGCUGAGAGACACUCAUUUAGACUGAUUAUGAAGAUAAUAUAGGAGCCGUAAAGGUCUGACAUGUACGAGGGCCCUUCAUCUCCAAACUGUAGGAAGAGACCUGUAGAGGUUAAAGUUCAAAAGACACUGCAGGCAGUAGCUGCUGAGAAACUCAUUUAGACUUGAAAAUAAACAUCAUGUGCUUUGAUAUGACUCCAUCAGGAGGCUGGUGGAAGAAUCUAUAGGAGGAAAGGCUCAUUGUAAUGGUCGGAAUGGAAUAAAUGGAACUGAGUCAAACGUGGUUUCCAUAUGUUUGAUACCGUUCCAUUGAUUCCAUUCCAGCCAUUACAAUGAGCCCGUCCUCCUAUAGCUCCUCCAACCAGCCUCCUCUGGACUCCAUAUCUUCUUGAUGCAGAUCAUGUGAUAUGACUGCGGUCCAUUUGAAUUUCUGCUGCUCAGGCAGGAUGUUGUUGCCUUUGACCUGUGAGAGGUGGUACAGAAGGAUCUGUUGUAGUGUUUCUGAAAGGGGUUUGGCUGGUUGGGCUGAAGGAAUCAACCUUUUGACUGGUCCUAAAUAAAGUGUCACUGUGAUGAGAGCACACAGGCCGUGUUUACACAGACAGGCCGUGUUUACACAGACAGGCCGUGUUUACACAGACAGGCCGUGUUUACACAGGCAGGCCGUGUUUACACAGGCAGGCCGUGUUUACACAGGCAGGCCGUGUUUACACAGGCAGGCCGUGUUCACAGGCAGCCCAAUUCUAAUAUUUUGCCCCCCUAAAAAUCUGAUAUUUUGCCAAUAAUUGGGCUAAAUACCUGAAUUGGGCUGCCUGUGUAAACAGCCAUAAUGGUGUGAAUGUUAGACAGGCGUAGCCAUAAUGGUGUGAAUGGUAGACAGGCGUAGCCAUAAUGGUGUGAAUGGUAGACAGGCGUAGCCAUAAUGGUGUGAAUGGUAGACAGGUGUAGCCAUAAUGGUGUGAAUGGUAGACAGGCGUAGCCAUAAUGGUGUGAAUGGUAGACAGGCGUAGCCAUAAUGGUGUGAAUGGUAGACAGGCGUAGCCAUAAUGGUGUGAAUGGUAGACAAGCGUAGCCAUAAUGGUGUGAAUGGUAGACAGGCGUAGCCAUAAUGGUGUGAAUGGUAGACAGGUGUAGCCAUAAUGGUGUGAAUGGUAGACAGGCGUAGCCAUAAUGGUGUGAAUGGUAGACAGGCGUAGCCAUAAUGGUGUGAAUGGUAGACAGGUGUAGCCAUAAUGGUGUGAAUGGUAGACAGGCGUAGCCAUAAUGGUGUGAAUGGUAGACAGGUGUAGCCAUAAUGGUGUGAAUGGUAGACAGGCGUAGCCAUAAUGGUGUGAAUGGUAGACAGGCGUAGCCAUAAUGGUGUGAAUGGUAGACAGGCGUAGCCAUAAUGGUGUGAAUGGUAGACAGGCGUAGCCAUAAUGGUGUGAAUGGUAGACAGGCGUAGCCAUUUACUGUUUUGAUUUAAGAGUGCAGGUUUUGCAGGGAAGGUGUUUUUGACAACUACCUACUUAACAUGUACUGGUAUGCCAGAGAUUCAGGGUCUGUUAUUAGCAACUCAUUCUAAUGUAAUUACUGUAAAUAUGUUGUAGGUAACUGACAUUGGUGUCACCUCAUUUAAAUGCUUCAAACUUGAACUAGGCAUGUAAAGUAGAAUGGUAUAAAACAUGUAGUUAUGCCUUUUUUCACAGAUGAAUGAAAUCAUGCACUUUGUAAAUUGUCACAUUGUUCUUAUCUUAAGAGCUCUGUAAGGGAUCAAAUGUAAAUGGUUUGAUAUGUGGUUUUGAAUCAUAUUGAAUUGAAGAGUUCAUGGUAUUAGCUUUAUAAUGAAGUUGAACCACCUAAUUCCUUUCUCCUGCAGCGGCUCUGUAGGUGGAGGGUGUAGAAUGAACAUGUGUCGUUGAAACCGGCUGUCUGUUGAAGCUGUGUCUCAUAACUACACUAUUAUACAUGAUCAUCUGAUCUGUACUGAUGUCUAUUAAAGCUGAAGUGAUAGUC